UUUCUCUUUCUUUCUCUCUAAAUCUGGGCAUACAAAGGCACAAAGGAUUUCAAGUGUGGUCUUCUUAUUACACACGAAAAGAUCGUUAGUCUAAUCUUGGUGAUAAAUAAAAAAACAAAAACAAAAUCACAUUCAAUAACGGUUAACACAAUGGAUCCAAAAGAGGUUUUUGGUAUUGAAAAUAGGCGUAGUUCAUUGCAACAAAAAUCAAGAAGAGCUUUUAAUGAUGCUGGUAGUAUUUCUGGAUCAAUCUCCAACAUGAGUCUCAUAUCCAUGAGGACAGUUGCAUCUGGUACUGAUUAUGCUGAAGCAUACAUCAAAGCUGAAGAUCAAAAACUUUACCAGAGAUCACUUGCAUGUUUACGUUCAAGUAAAGACAAUGACACUGAUUCAGUUGUUUCAAAAACAACAACAGUUACUAGUGAACAAGUUGAUCGUCUUGCUAGUACAUAUGAAUUUGGAAAAUUUUCUCAAGACACUUUAACAAUAUCAUCAGUUAAAGAAGAUAUUAUUGACAUGAUAAAUACAAAUCCUGUUGUGAUUAUUCAAGGACCAACUGGUUGUGGUAAAACAACCCAAGUACCUCAGUAUAUUUUAGAAAAUAGCUUUAUAAAUAAAGUUGGAUGUAAUAUUGUUGUAACACAACCAAGAAGAAUUGCAGCAAUGAGUAUUGCAAAACGUGUUUGUGAAGAACGUAACUGGAAAUUGGGAAGUCUUGUUGGUUACAAAGUUGGUUUAUCAAGUCAAUUAUCAGAAGAUACCAGAUUAACAUAUUGCACAACUGGUGUAUUACUUUGUAGACUUAUUCGUGAAAAAAGCUUAAAUAGUUUUACUCAUAUUAUCAUUGAUGAAGUUCAUGAACGUGAUCAAGACAUGGAUUUUUUACUUCUUGUUGUUCGUAAAUUAUUACGUACAAAUUCAAGUUCAGUCAAGGUAAUAUUAAUGUCGGCAACAAUAAAUGUUGAUAAAUUUGCUAAAUAUUUUUCAAUUUAUGUUGGAAAAAAAUUAACAAAUGCACCAGUUAUAAGUGUCAUUAAAUCAAGUCAUUUUAAAAUUCGUGAAUAUUAUUUAUCUGAUUUACGUGAACUUGGUGAUCUACCAGAAAUAAUUGAAAAUAAUCCAACAAUAACAUUAAAAAUGUUGAAUUUAUGUAAAAAUUUAAUUUUACAUUUUGAUACAAUUGAAAAAACAAAAAUAACUGAUGAUAAUAAAAUUGAAAAUCGACCAACAGUACUUGUAUUUUUACCAGGAAUAUAUGAAAUUGAAGAAAUGCAUAGAGUAUUGAUUGAUGUUAAAAAUUUAGAAAUAGUUGUACUCCAUUCAAUGAUAACAAAUUCAGAACAAUCAAGAAUAUUUUAUAAUGUACCAAAAGGUUGUCGUCGUGUUAUUUUAACGACAAAUAUUGCUGAAAGUAGUAUAACUGUACCAAAUGUAAAAUAUGUUAUCGAUUUUUGUUUAACAAAACAACUUGUAACUGAUUCACAAACAAAUUUUCAAUCACUUGAAUUAGUAUGGGCAAGUAAAUCAAAUUGUCAACAAAGAUCUGGACGUACUGGUAGAGUUAUGAAUGGUAGAGUUUAUCGUUUAGUACCAAAAUUAUUUUAUCAUACAACAAUACAAGAUGAAAAUACACCAGAAAUAUUAAGAGCACCAUUAACAAGAAUUUUUAUAAAAGCAAAAUUACUUGAUUUAGAUAAACCAGAAGCAUUACUUGCACUUGCUCUUGAUCCACCAGAUUUAACAAAUCUUUUUUAUGCUGUACAAUUACUCAAAGAAACUGGUGGUAUAUUAAUUGAUGAAAAUGAUAAUGAUCCAUGUGAUGGUACAUUAACUGAUCUUGGUAUUAUAAUGGGUGAAUUACCAGUUGACAUAAAUAUUUCAAAAUUAAUUGUUCUUGGUAAUUGUUUUAGUAUAUUAACUGAGGCUAUUAUAAUGGGUGCAAGUAUGGCUGUUAAAAAUAUGUUUAGUUCACAAUUUCAAAAAAAAUUAUCAGCUCAUAAUGCAAAAUUAUUUUGGUCACAAAAUAGUUCAUGUGAUGGAAUAUCAUUUUAUAAUGCAUAUCGUAUUUGGCGUCAUAAAAAAUCAAAUUUACAAAUUAAAACAAAUGCUGAAGAAAUUGCUUGGGCUAAAAGAAAUUUUCUUGAAGUACGUGUAUUACGUGAAAUUGAUUCACUUGUUCAUGAACUCACUGAUAGACUUGAUAAAUUGGGCAUUAAAGAAAGUGUUGGAACAAAUAAAGUUAUAUGGACUGAAGAUAAAAAAUAUUUUGUAUUAAAAUUAAUAACAGCUGGUGCAUUUUAUCCACAUUAUUAUAUUACAAAACCAAAUAAUGAUGAAAAAGAAAAUACAAGAUGUACUGGUGGUUUAGAUCCAACAAAAACUGUAUAUUUAUCUGGUUGGCCUGUGUUACAACCUGGUAUGCUUUAUGCAAAAAGAUUUCAAGAUAUAUUUUCAAAUUGCAAAAGUAUAACAAACAAUAAAAUUGGUGUUAAAUUUGAUCAUUCAAGUCGUGUAUUCAUUGAAUUUAGUAAUAUACAAAAUAAUUAUGAAGUUAAUUUAUCAAAUGAUAAUAAAGAAUUAACAAGUAAAAAUAUUGUUGGUGAUAUACCAAUGUCUGUUUAUCAAGCUAUUAAAAUGCGUUCAAUUAGUGAUACAAUUAAUAUUCCAGUUAUGCCAUUGAGCCAAGCACAUCAAUUAGCUGAUGAAUUAAAUAUUGAAAAAAAACCACAAACAAUUUAUUUACCAAAAGAAAAUAUGCCAGUUAAAAAUUCAAUAUACAUUGAUAUACGUCCAAUACUUCCAUCAAUUGAUACAACUACAAUUAAAAUAAUAAUUAAAAAUAUUAUUAAUCCAGGUUUUUUUUGGGCAUGUAUUGAUGAUAAUAAAAUACAAAAAUUAUAUGAAGAAGUUGAUUUUAAUUUAAAAACAAUUGAUUAUAAAACACUUGAAAAAUUUGAUGAUAAAGCACCAAAAAUUGGUACACUUGUACUUGCACAAUUAAAUACAGAUGACAAUGAAAAUUCAUAUAAACGUGCACUUGUACAAAAUAUAACAAAAAAUGGAAAAAAUACAUUUUUAGCAAUGUUAUUUUUCAUUGAUUUUGGUAUUACAAAAUCUAUGUCAAUAUAUGAUAUACAUAAAUUACCAGAUGAUCAUAAAUUAUCUAAAAUUCCAUCAAUUGUAUUUCAAUGUCGUUUAACAAAUAUCAAGCCUUUAUCAAUAAAUAAUACGACAAGUGAUGAUUGGUCAAUUGAAUCAAAAAAAGAAUUAACAAAAUUAAUUAAUGGAAAUAAAGGCAUUAAUGCUGAAAUUUAUUCAGUUGUUAAUAGUAUUGUGUCAGUUAAUUUAAUAAUAACAACAAAAAAUGAUGAAGCAAUAAAUAUAAAUAAAUUAUUUAUUGAAAAAGGAUAUGGUGAAUUUAAUGAAGAAAAUUUCUUAUCAAAAGAUAAUCAUGAAAUACGUAUGAAUAAUAAUUAUUUAUCAAAAUCAGAAAAAUUUAAUCGUGAAGAAAUGCAAUAUAGUCAACUUUAUCUUGCUGAUACAUAUGUUGAUCCACCAAGUAUUGAAGAUUGUACAGAUAAUGUUAAACUUCGUGGACCAUAUUCACCACUUGAAGUUAAACUUUAUGGUUUAACAAAUAUAUCAAUGGGAUUUAAAAUACAUGUUCAUGAAUCAUCUGUUAAUUCGGUACUUCUUGAUUCUGGUAUUGAUAAAAAUUAUUCAAGACUUCUUGUUGCUGCAAAUGAAGUACAAAGUAUUAAUUCAAAUAAUAUAACAUUAAUAAACACAACUCUUAUGCCAUGUAUACCUGGUUUAUGUGGUUUAAUAUCAUUAAUGUUUGCUCCAACAAUUGAGCUUAGAUGUAAUUCACUUAGAACAAGAAAUACUGGUGUUCUUUGUGGUCUUGGUUAUGAUAAAUCUACCAAACAAAGUCUAUUUCCAGAACAUGAUAUGUAUGUUGAUUUUGAUGCUGAUAUUACAAUUAAUGAUUUACAAAAUAUUAAUAAAUUACGAUACUGGAUGAGUAAAGGUAUAUUUAUUACAAAUGAAUCAGAUUGUGAUGAUAAAGAACGUGCUGAAAUUACACUUAAAAUACAAAAUAAUAUACAUGAUAUAUUGUUAAAAAUUUUUGAUAUUAAUCGUGAAUGUGUACCAAGUGAAAUUGAUGUUAAACACAGUCAAUGGCAUCGUUAUAAAUCAUCAAAUUUUACAAAAGUUAAAGAACGUGAAAUUGAUAGUAAACUUAUAUUUAAAUUUCAUCAAGCACUUCUUCUUGAUGCUGAAGAUAAUAAACGUGAAUCAUUGCUAUUACAUUUGGAUGAAAUUAAAAAAAUUGCUGGUCUUACUUCUGCUGAUUGUCCAACAAAAGAUUUUCAAUGUAAACUUUGUGAUAUUUCACUUUAUGGUCUUGCAGCUUUACGUAGUCAUCUUUAUUCAGGUGAACAUCAGAUAAAAGAAUCAAAACUAAAAAAAAAAUAACUUAAAUAUUAUUAUUACUCAUUUUUAUAUUUUUCA